AUCGGAUGAAAAGUUUAUACUAUAUUUUUCUAAUAAAACUAUGAAAAAUGUAUCGAAGAAUUCUCGUGGGUUCGAUUUCUCUGUAAAUUCCACUGAGAGAGAUAAUUACGUGCUAUCGGAUAUAUACGACUGCUCCACGGAUUCCUUUUUUCUAGCUCGAUGAGAACCCUGCCUAAAUUGUGCGCCUGUUGCUUCUCCAACAGGCAAGUCCGAAUGCUCACUUCCGCUUUCCAGCCGUACACAUUUCCUGUGACUCCAUCUACCUUUCGAAUAAUCGUUUAAAUGUUCAAAGAUCCGUUAAAGUCUUAUCACAAUGAAAGGACCCUCGCAAGUCGAAGGACCAUCUCGCUAUAGUAGUCUUCUUAACACGCAACCCUUAAUUCCACUAAUAUCACCUCCUACAAUCGAGUUACGCACGUUAGGUAUCGAUCCUCUGUAGUCCAAUAGGAUCACCUGCCUGGCCUAUCCGGAAAAUUAAUCCUGGAUCAUGAUUAUUCAUCCCUAUGGAUAGUAAAGAAACGGUAUGAAAACAUGGAAAUAUUAGAUAUCGACGUGUUUGGCAAACAGUAUGGAAGUCUGAAAUAUUCAGAAGUUCAGCAAAUCGAUGCCUCGAGUCUCGGACUUCAAACGAAGAAUGAGCGGCUAGUGAAUAAUAAAUGGUAGUGUUGUUAUUGGGAGAUUGAAAGGUGUCACGGGAUUUGAAGACGAUUCUCCCACAGUGGUAUGUUUCCAGUGAGAGGAUUCUGGGAUGUCAGCGUACUAGAGUGGCAGGGUGUCCAAGGUGGCUGGAGGCAGAUACUCCCGGGUGGAAGGGUAUGGUCGGUGGCUAAAGGCUACCGAGGGGGGUGGAUUUCAUUGAACGCCCCCAGAAUUCGACGGUGCUGCUCCGGCGGCUAUGCGGCAAGCGAGAGCCGGGAAGGGUGAGAUACAGGGUUACGGCUCGUCGUCGCUGCGGCAAAUCUGCGGGAGUGCGUAACGUCGCCCGGCGAUAAUAUAUCAAGGAAUUCAGUUUAAUAUGGGAAGCUGCACCCGGCCUGGAUUAGGGUGACAGUCAGAUCCCACGAGUCGCGAGUAUUUUCGUCACGAGCACUGCCUGCGAUACCUUACCGCCACAAGGAUCCUCGUGGACUCUGCGAAGAGAUACGUUAUUGUCGCAAGACGUGUUACUGUGGCUCAACGUUAAAACGGGCAUGAGAUAUUCUCAACUGGAACGUCCUUUGCUUCACGCACAUCCUUAAUUCAUCCUCCGAAGCAGUUUAUCCAGAGUUUUCUCGGAGGUGCAUCGAAAGUCAAAGCUGUGAGGAGGGUAGCUGUUCUCGUUGCCACAAUAAACUCCUCAGGCAUUUUUUUCAAUUCAACCCAUUUUAAGACAGACGGAUACAGGAUUUUGUCUGGUUGUGGAAGAUAUAUAAAUUUUUGAAACAAACAUCAUGGACUCCAGAUGAAAUGUAGGUUGACUUACUCUGGGGCAGGAUGCUAAAGGAAGAAUCAGCUACUGCUAUAUCGCUUUCACGGUGCUCCGAGUCCCCACGGGAAAAGAAGCGACCAUGAGCAACCCUUAUAAACUUUCCCUGAGAGGGAAGAUGGGCCUUGCAAACCAGGAAGACCGCUUGAGUUCAACCCCAUAUCAUCCUGGUCGAAGCUUUCUUCACGCAAGACCCGACUCUGCGACGUGUUUUUAAUACUUAAGAUUUUUCGUAACAAUCUGCCUAAGUGAAUGGGAUAGAUGUACUGACCAGGAUACACCGGUGUUAUGUUAGUAACACGAAGUCACCCUCUUCGAGGGCGUAUUCUACUCGCCCUAUUCUUGAUAAUCGCGAGUUUCGCCCUGUUGUCGCGGGCGGCCGCAUUUCCGGACUGGACCGACUGUCCAGCGGUUUGCCGUUGUAAGUGGACUUCCGGUAAAAAAUCAGCACUCUGUCCUGACGCUGGUUUGACCUCGUUGCCCGCAUCCCUCGACCCGGAUAUGCAAGUGCUAGAUCUAUCAGGCAACAAGAUCCCUGCACUACAAUCUGAAAUUUUCAAGCGUGCAGGUUUACUCAACUUGCAAAGAGUCUUUUUGAGAAACGCAGGCAUUCACGAGAUUCACGUGAACGCUUUUCACGAAAUGCGAAUUCUAGUCGAGGUCGACCUCACGGACAAUCAUGUGAGCAGUUUAUAUCCGGAGACCUUCCUUGGAAACGAGAGACUGAUGAUACUUAUACUCAAUGGCAAUCCACUAGGCACUUUGAAGAGCCAUCAAUUUCCGGUAUUGCGACACCUGCGCACUUUGGAGCUGCAGAGGUGCUCGCUUACGGAGAUACACAGGGAGGCAUUCUUAAAGUUGUCCGGUCUCGAGUCGUUAAGACUCGAUACGAAUCAACUGGAGUAUCUGGAUGCUGGUGUAAUUUCUAAUUUAACGAAGCUGAAGACUCUUACUCUGGAUGGAAACAGAUGGAGUUGCGACUGUCGACUCAGGAGUUUCAGGCUCUGGAUGAUACCAGACAGUAAUCAGCAAUCGCCUAACAGACUCUAUUCGGUACCACAAACCUGUUUAUCUCCGGCGAGAUUGCAGGGACGUCGAUGGGAGGAAGUUAAACCGAGUGAAUUCGCCUGCAUGCCAGAAGUCUUCGUGACGGCGAGUACUAUUUCGGAGGACACUAACGGGAAUUUAAGUAUAUCCUGUUUGGCCACCGGUGAUCCAGAGCCUGAAGUUUGGUGGCAGCUGAACGGCGGUCCUGUUAAUAUAACCAGAGGAGAUCAGCCAUACGGAAGUUACGGCACCUACGGUACUUCCGGCGACGUUUAUAGUGAAAUUUACGGCGUGACAAAGAUUACGGAAAGGUGGAGUAAUUUGACUGUAUAUAACGUAAGCGACAGUGAUGCUGGAGAUUACGCCUGCUACGCCAAGAACGUAGCUGGACAAGCAAAGGAUACAGUUCACGUGGCCAUACCUCGUGUCUUCACCGCGCCGACACUCUCGCAAACGGAUAAUUGGCUACUGUGGGUAAGCCUUGCAGGCGGCGGUGCAGCAGCGCUGUGCGCCUCCAUAUCUGCUGUUCUAUUAGCCGUCUGCCUCUGCGGUGGCUCCAGGCGAAAGAGACGAAGGGAGAAGAUCAAGCUUCAGGGUAGCACGAGUUUCGGGGACCAGGAAAAAAAACUACUAGACCUCUCAGUAACAACAACAACCGGGGGCAAUGGCAACAGUACAGACCACACUAGCGCUCGUGGUAGUCUAAUAGAAGCUUGCAGUCCUGGUGACAUGGAACUCGUUGAGCGAGGUUCCAUCUGUGAUCCGAUGGGUGCAGCAAGUGUAACGAUAGAAAGACACAGACCAGAGAAUGUCGCAGGUACCAUCAGGGCGAUACCCUGCACUGUCUUCCCACCACCGCCACCAGAGUUCACAACCAGCGUCCUGCCUGCCGGCGUUUUCGGCAAUAUAUUUAUCUCGGUCUCCCUACCUCAAGAUGCCGAGCGUCGUUAUCCAGACCUCCUAGACAACCCCGUCCACGCGAGUAUCGCUGAAAAAUCAGCAACAGUGAAUCUGCCACCAGCGGCUACAUGUAUUUCAAACUUUGCGACACUUCCGCGUCGGCCACUUCGUGUAUCGGACCUUGGUUCACCCUACGACAAUAUGGGACCUCGGGUCACGGCUACAGGAAGUUCCACAUUUUCGUUAACAGACCUGAACCUUCGACUAUCACCACCACCUCCGCCGCGCGUCAUUCAACCACCAAUCGACUAUACCGUGCCAUCUACUUUUUCCGUAUGGGCCGAUAACAGGAAACAAAUUAUAUUCAAAAUAUUUGUUACUGCCUCAAUCGCCAGACUGUAUUACAAGAUCAAUUUGAAAAAAGUAUUAGAGAGUGAAAAAAGAUGCAAGAUUAUCUCAUGCUGCCAUUAUUCGCAAAUUUUCAUUGCCAUCGGAUGAACAGACGAUGCUCUUCACGUGAAUGUUGAAAAUUUAUCCCUGGAUCCAUCCGGCUCAGGUUCAAGUACUAAGUCCUCAUGGUGAUUGGAACGUUGCUGCAGGUCAGUAAUUUUUACAAGGAAAAGAUGCUCUUGUAGAAAUCAUCCUGAAAUACGCAUGGGAAUCCAUCCAGGUACGGAUUGUGUAAAUUUCCAACAGACGCGGACCAAACCACAUUGCACCGUUACCUAGAGAAAUCUUCCUCAGUUUGCCCUCAGUUGUCUCACAACGUCCUAUACGGACUAUUGGCAUAAGACCUUGUAUCUCCUGCGGAGUCUCCGGGAACGAAUGUAUAUCCUGGAUAGGAUGUUCGCUCUGGCUACUAUCCGACCGUACCGACGUGGGAGCUGAAAUGGGAAUUUGGAAAUAGGCAAACAACCUUAGCACACGUAUGAUUUGGAUUCUGUUGCUGGAGGAAGUUAAAAAUAUGGUUCACGGAUCCACUGAUCAGCCAUAUUCUUAGGGAUCAGGAUGGAGCUUAGUUGAGGACGCUGGUUGCGGAUUUAAAAUAUCGUCGGAAUAAAGAUUGCUGUGA